AUUGCUUUAUGGUUUUGGUCUUAUAAAGACACCCACAUCCCUCACCUUUCUAUUCUCCAUUAGACACUCUUACCCAACACAACACCCAUCCUCUCUUUUAUAUUCCCCUCUCAUCAUGUUGAGUAAGAGACCACCACCCAUCAUCGGAAAGUUAUCGGAGCUACUAGUCUCCGGCGGCCGCGCGGUGGCGCUGUUAGAAAGCCCAAGAACCCCGUUAGACACCAAGAUGGUGCCACCAUCACCAAGAGGGUUGAAAAGCUACGACCUCGGUGGUGUUGGCCUCAAAAUCGUGGUGGAUCUUGAUAAAUCCUGUGAAGUGAGACGCGAGGUUUUGCCCAAACAUGCCGUUUGCAGCUCCAAUAUGAACCGAUCGGGUCCGAUUCCGGUGAAGAAAAACUCAGAUGCUAGAUACGAAAUCGAUGAUCAGGGAAGCUUGGAAGAAGAGUUUACCUAUGUCACAUGCCAUGUACCUAACAAAACGUUCACCAAGGUUUACUAUGAUGGUGGUGAAGGUGAUUUUGGUAAGAAGAACGGUAAAGUUGGUGUUCUUAGAAGAACCCCACCUCAAAAUUUUGAGCCUGAACCAUUGUUUCCCACCUCGAAUUUUCUCAGUUCAUGUAAUCUAUGUGGGAAGAAGCUUCAUGGCAAGGAUAUAUACAUGUACAGAGGAGAGAAAGGAUUUUGCAGCCAAGAGUGUCGAUCAAGUCAGAUAAUGAUGGAUGAACGCAAAGAGGUGUGUAGAUCAGAAGCAUCCGUGGAAUUGUCAAGUUCACCUUAUACAACAAGGGAACAGAUAUUUUCAACUGGGAUUCUGGCACUUUAGAUAAUUUUGAGGGGUUUGGAAUUAAUCUGAGUCUGGCUGAGGAAGUUAAUAAUCCAGGGACUGAUGAAGUGAUGAUCUAUCUAGUAAUAAUUUAUAUACCUACUAAGUACAUAAUAUAAUACGGCUAUACUAUUAUUAACUAUCUGGAAUAAUUGAUAGUUAAGGUAGCUUGAUCGUAACUGAGAAAAAAUUUUGAUCUGAGAAAGAAAGGGGGGGUAGAUAUUCUGAUGUAUUAUUUAUUAUCCUGUUACCAAGAUGGAAAGAACUAUGAACUUGAGAUCUCAAUUGCACAGAUUUUUGUUUA